AUGUUCAAUCCGAAGAUCAACUACUACGAGAGUUCCUGCUUGCGAUGCAACAACACAGUCUACCAGGUGGACAAAGUCGGUCCACUGAAAGACUUCACCUUUUUCCACAAAGGAUGCUUCAAGUGCCUCGUCUGCAGCACGACCUUAAGUCUCCGCACCUACUUCAACAACCAGCACAAUCAGGACGACAAGGAAGUGUACUGCAGUAGUCAUGUUCCGAAAAUCGGUCCUGGUCACAUGGAUGGCACAGCUGUAGGCAUUCGAGCUGCCUUGAAUGCCCCGAAGUCAGCAUUGUACAUAAACGAUCAAAUCCGAGGCACUGGGAGAGGAACAUUCGACGCUGAUGCGCUCGCCAUCAAGUCACACUUGAAUAAUUCUAAGAACAUGUUGAACAGUGACGAAAGCCAUAAUGUUUCCAUCACUACAUCGGAUUACCAGUAUGGACGGUUUGAUGCCAGUGCGUUGCACAUAGCUCACGCUCUCAGAGCCACUGAGUUGCAGCGGAACUACAAGAAGAUUUCUUAUGACAGACCUUUGGAUACGUAUUUGGACAAAGACGUGCAGGUGCAAUUGGAAUACAGACACAGAAAAGAGGAAGAUGAUUUGUACAGAAAGUUUGCGAUGCAGCGGAAAGAAGAGGAGUCGAGAAUGCAGUGUCAAAUUCAAGAAGAAUGGGAGAAGGAAUUGGAACGGCUGACGACGCGGUUCGAGCGAGAGAUGGCGGGCAAGAAGCGGAAAGCAGAUGACGCGCAAGUGUUGACCAUCAGGCAUCAGAGGGAACGGGAUGAUUUGGAAAAGAAUAUGACGCUGAAACGCGAUAAGAAGAAGGAGUCCUUGACCAAGAAGGCAGCGACGGCGGCGCUGGUUGAGAAGCAUUCCAAAGAGAUGAUCAACUUGAUCAACGAGAAGAAAUCCGAGUUCUACCAACAAGAACUCGAGCCGGACGUGGAAGAGCUGGCGGAAUUGUUACCGUAUCCGAGCGAGCCGCCGACGCCACUGCCGCCGGCGCAGGCCAAGUUGGAGAUCUACGACAACCCGCUCGUGUUUACGGACAUUGAUCAGAAGGCCAUCACUGUGGCCCAGGAGGACCAGAAGACCUUCACCGACUUGGUUCGCAAACUCAUUGGCUCGUGUGCUUCGGAUGUCGAGAAAGCUAGGGCUAUUUUCCGAUGGAUCACAGUGAAGAACCUCAACACCAUGGAAUUCGACGACAAUAUUCAAACGGACACGCCAAUGGGGCUCUUGCGGGGGAUCAAGUACGGAACUGAGAGCUACCACGUUUUGUUCAAGCGAUUGUGCAGUUACGUUGGUCUGCAUUGCGUGGUCAUCAAGGGCUACUCGAAAUCCGCGGGUUACCAGCCAGGACUCCAAUUCAAAGACAACCGAUUCCGCAAUUCCUGGAAUGCGGUGUAUGUUGCCGGGGCCUGGAGGUUUGUCCAGUGCAAUUGGGGAGCCCGACACUUGGUGAAUGCCAAGGACGUGCCCAAGCCCGGGGGCAAGGCCAAGACGGAAAGCCUCCGGUAUGAAUACGACGAUCAUUACUUCCUCACGGACCCGAAAGAGUUCAUCUACGAGUUCUUCCCGCUGCAAGCCGAGUGGCAACUAGUGAGCAAACCCAUCACUCUGCAAGAAUUCGAAGAAUUGCCCUUUGUGCGAUCGCUUUUCUUCCGCUAUGGAUUGUUCUUUCCGGAUGCGGAUACGAAAGCUGUUAUGCAUACGGAUUCCACUGGUGCGACUACGGUGAAGAUCGCCAUGCCGGCGACUAUGCAGUCCUCGCUCAUUUUUCAUUACAACCUCAAGUUUUUCGAGAAUGAUGCCGACCAGUUUGAGGGCAUCAGUCUGAAACGAUUCGUUAUGCAGUCGGUCGUGGGUAGCGUGGUUGCAUUCCGAGUCCACGCCCCGCACAGUGGCCCACUCCUGCUGGACAUAUUCGCCAACGCCGUCACCCCGCACGAAUACCUCACCGGCGAGCCCAUGAAAUUCAAAAGCGUUUGCAAAUUUCAAAUCGUCUGCAAAGACCUGCAAACCGUCAUGGUGCCUCUGCCCGAUUGCGCCAGCGGCGAAUGGGGCCCCACAAAGGCCACCCGACUCUUUGGCCUGGUCCCGAUCACGCACCCGGAUGCCCUGAUUUUUGCAGCCCGAGACCUGGAAAUUCAGUUUCGCAUGUCGCAUCCACUCACGGAUUUUAUGGCCACGUUGCACAAGAACGGGUCUGAGGAGCGGAAAUUGUCCAAGCACGUGUCCCACGCUGUCACUGACGAUAUCGUCACGUUUUACACGAGUUUCCCGGAGGAGGGCCAGUACGGGAUGGAUAUUUACACGCGGGAGUUGGCUGGCGAGGACCAGAAGGCAGCCGAGAAGCAAAUUCGAAGAAUUGCCCUUUGUGCGAUCGCUUUUCUUCCGCUAUGGAUUGUUCUUUCCGGAUGCGGAUACGAAAGCUGUUAUGCAUACGGAUUCCACUGGUAUGUUGAAAGUGCGACUACGGUGAAGAUCGCAAUGCCGGCGACUAUGCAGUCCUCGCUCAUUUUUCACUACAACCUCAAGUUUUUCGAGAAUGAUGCCGACCAGUUUGAGGGCAUCAGUCUGAAACGAUUCGUUAUGCAGUCGGUCGUGGGUAGCGUGGUUGCAUUCCGAGUCCACGCCCCGCACAGUGGCCCACUCCUGCUGGACAUCUUCGCCAACGCCGUCACCCCGCACGAAUACCUCACUGGCGAGCCCAUGAAAUUCAAAAGCGUGUGCAAAUUUCAAAUCGUCUGCAAAGACCUGCAAACCGUCAUGGUGCCUCUGCCCGAUUGCGCCAGCGGCGAAUGGGGCCCCACGAAGGCCACCCGACUCUUUGGCCUUGUCCCGAUCACGCACCCGGAUGCCCUGAUUUUUGCAGCCAGAGACCUGGAAAUUCAGUUUCGCAUGUCGCAUCCACUCACGGAUUUUAUGGCCACGUUGCACAAGAACGGGUCUGAGGAGCGGAAAUUGUCCAAGCACGUGUCCCACGCUGUCACUGACGAUAUCGUCACGUUUUACACGAGUUUCCCGGAGGAGGGCCAGUACGGGAUGGAUAUUUACACGCGGGAGUUGGCUGGCGAGGACCAGAAGGCAGCCGAGAAGCAGUUGUUGACUCACUGCUGCAAAUACUUGAUCAAUUCUUCCAAACGCAACUGA